CCCCCGGAGCGCCCCGCUGCCGCCCCGCGGGGACGAUGAGGGCGGAGGGCGCCGACCACUCGAUGAUCAACCUGUCGGUGCAGCAGGUCCUGAGCCUCUGGGCCCAUGGCACGGUGCUGAGGAACCUCACGGAGAUGUGGUACUGGAUCUUCCUCUGGGCUCUCUUCUCCUCUCUGUUUGUCCACGGUGCUGCAGGCGUGCUGAUGUUUGUGAUGCUGCAGAGGCACAGGCAGGGCAGAGUGAUCUCUGUCAUUGCUGUCAGCAUCGGCUUUCUGGCUUCUGUAACUGGAGCAAUGAUUACUAGUGCAGCAGUGGCAGGCAUCUACAGAGUGGCUGGAAAGAACAUGGCCCCCCUAGAAGCCCUGGUGUGGGGCGUGGGGCAGACUGUACUGACACUUAUCAUCUCCUUUUCAAGGAUCCUCGCCACACUUUGAGGUUCUGAGGGAAUGUCUUCUUUACUAAGAAAACGGAUGUACAGCUUCCCCGGAAAUGCAUUAACCAGCUGAAAUGAAAUGGUACAAGCAGGGACCCAGCAAGUUACAACCUAGGGAAGACCUUGAGCCGUGUGGAAAGCCUGCCCUCUGGCGUCCAAGCGAUUGCACUACCGCACUGCACCUUAUGUGCCUCCAUCCCAGGCAAGGUGCAUAGGACACUCUGUGAAGCUGCAAGAAAAAGCACCUUGUUCAGCUGCCAAUCAGGUUAACAUUGGUGUUGGAAUCAUCGUUCUCAACAGUGUUGUAUUAAGUUACAGAAACGUUUUGAGAAAUUGAUCUAUGUGCCAAACUUUUCUUUCUGUUAACAUUGAUCAUGUGAUGGUUUGCAAAUGUAGAUGUGGUGAGUGCCGUGAAUAUACUUGACAUGGACUCAGGUAACAUAGUCAGACUUUGCUUGUUAUGCUAGCUCUCAUACGAAUGCCGGGCACCGGGCUUUCAAUACUAAGGAAGGCGUUUGGCUUUUCAAGCUGAGUGUUCUGGGACUUGGGGCUUUAAUAUGUCUUUUAUGUCUUUUAUGUUAUUUAAUUUAUGUGAAAAACAACAGUCUUCUUAUGGAGGACUAACUGAGCUGUUCUAAGGACUCAAAUAGACUUGUAGGGUGCAAACUUUUCAGUAAUUUACACCCUUUAAUGGUUUUCCUCAUCUAUCAUAGUCUAUUUAUAUGGAUUCAAAACCUUUGGGGUCAAACACAUUGUCUUUUGUGUGUCAUAAAAAUAUAAUUUGAAACUUUUCUUAUAAAUUUUACAAGAAAAUGUCUGAAAUGCAUGUUGCAUUCUUCAACCCUUCUCUAAGAAAGUGUUUGCUUCAUAUCUCACAGAGCACAGUCUUCUAAUUCCUGUUGCAAUGGGCUUGUGUUGUGCGGUCUACAUGUCCGGCAGCCUUUGAUUCCGGAGUACUAACUGCUUAGAGAGUGGCCUAAAUUAGGCUCUGGAAGCAGGAACGCCUCAUGUAUAGGUGGAUAAUAAAUAAGUACCUUACCUAGGAUGAGCAGGAAGCUGUCUUACUGUGGAUAUGUGGCAGUGUCAGAAUUAUGCAAAGUGAAAACUGAGGCACAGAGCUGUCGGCUUACAAGUUGGCAGUUAAUAUGAGUGUAUCACGACAGCACAGAACCAUUAUCUGAGGGGUUGAUUUUAGUGGUGUGAUUUCAGUUUGUGUUUCUAAGUUAUUACCUGAAUCAGACAGAGACUCUGAUCCCAUUUGUUAAAAACAGAAAUGUGCUUUGUCUUUUAGAAGGUUUAGAAAAGUACACAGUAGUUUGUUACAAAACAAGAAGUCGGGAAAGUACAGACCCUGGUUCAACUAAGUAUUUGUGUGGUGUGGUGUAGUGUGGUGUGGUGUGGUGUGUGUGUGUGUGUGUGCGUGCGUGCGCGCUAACCAGUUGUAAUUACAGAUAUGCUAGCUUAAGGGAAGAUCAUUGUAGAGAUUAUGGAUUUACUGUAAUCUAAAAAUAAUGAACCACCCUAAGCUCUUUAACUUAAUUUAGUUUUAAGAUCUUUAUUUUCUAUACCCCUUUUUCUCUAUCAAAAAGAAAUAUUAAUAAUUUGGGGAGGGGCAUAAACCAGUUUAGAUUUACUAAUAAUGUGGCUUGGAAUUUUAACAACCCAAAUCAACCAAUAAGUUAAGUCCGCAUCCUUAGAGAUGUCAGAAAAUAAGUCUUGAAGUUGAUUUGUUUUCUCAUGUACAGGCCUGCUGUUCUUCCCACACAUUCUUUACUUUCUUAAUGUUUUCUAAGAUUAAACUUUGGUGUCUUUUCCAGAUAGCCCUGAUUCUCCUUUCCUGUUAGGCUGAUUUCUGCUCUUGGCAGCAAUUGUGUCCCAGCAUGAGAAUCACUAUCACAGACAUUGUUUUGUACAAAGAACAAAUACUUAUUUUAACAUGGGUAUUUCAAUGAUCUAAGAGAGUUAUCAAGUUGAGGUAAAUGGAGCCCAUUUUUCAUAAUCUAAAAUUAGUUAGAAACUAGCUUGACACAUUGAAUAUGUGAAUGAAUAUGAAUGAAUGGACCAAAGAAAGUUGAGCUUGUGUUUGUGCUCUGGGAUGAAAGUCUAAGAGGGUUAUAGACUGUUCUGCAGUCAUUUCAUUGUCAGGCUGAUUUGCCUUAGGGUUUGUGUUUGUGUUUGUGUGUGCGUGUGUGUGUGUGUGUGUGUGCGUGUGUGCACUUAUAAUCUGAGGGGCAUUUUUCCGGUUCUUUUUUGGUUGUUUCCUUUGGAAUUUUGUGUAACUAUCACUCUUGAUGUUUUGAAAUGCAGUUGAAUAGUGUGAAUUUAUGAAACUAUAUAAAUAGCUAUUUAUAUGGUGAAGUUUUCAAGAAGUUAGCUGUUUCUUAUAGAGACAAAAUGUUUAAUGAUACACACACACACACACACACACACAAGAGUAUAGCAUUAUAUACAUAUAUAGAUAGCUAUAUAUGAACACAGUCCAAUUGGAAAGCUUUGUUUGAUGAACAUUUUCCUGUUUUACUGGAGAAGUUAAAUCUUUUAAAUAGACUGGAGGGUAUUUAAGAUUUUUGCUGGACACUCUUGUUUGAGACAUGACAGAAGCUCUCACUGACACAGUCAGGUUCCAUUUUCUUAAAACUCAGCCACGGUUUAGCAGUACGUUUUCUCCGUUAGCACCAGGGCCUCCUGUCAGCUAUGAGUGAAGCCGGAUAACUUUCCUGAGAAGGAGGUGCAUGUAUGUCAGGGGCCCUGGCACAGUACCGUUGACUUCUCAGGGGACAUUGUUAAUUUAAAUCUUCAUGUGCACCAUCCAGGGUUAAACUCUUAACCAGGAUACUCCCUUAGUAUUUGCAACAUAGAAUUCCACUGCUCCUUUUCUAAGCCUUCAAGAGCUCUGGUUUUUAAAAAAAGGAAAUAAGGUAUGAUAGGAAGAACAAGGAUAAUCUAAGAUCAAAGAAUGCUAUAGGAAACAGUGUUUCCAGGACCUUCUUUUUGCUGUGUGGAAGGCAGGGUAACCUCUUUCAGAUGCCCAGGCUGUCACUCACUACCCAGCAUAAUUUAGUGAGUUCUGUUUUGCAGAUAUCCUGUAUAUAGGAUGGCUGAAAUAGGAUUUCCUCAGAGUUCACUAGGAACUGAACAAAUAAUUUCAAACCCUAAAAAGGUUGGGACAGUACCUUGUUGCCUACUGAGUGAGACUCAUCCUUUUUUCCCUUUCAUGACCUCAUUUUUUCUUUUCCCAUCUCGUCCUCUGAAUGGGCAUUUUAGUGUCUUAGAUGUGGCUCUGAACUAAGGGAGAAAGGACUAGAUUCUGAGCCAGUAGUGCAGGCUUGAAUCUGGGCUCUAUCGCUUUUGUUCACUUUGAUCGGAGCUUUGAUUAGCUUCAGGUCUCACUUUGACAUUUGAUUAGUACCUCCUGUGGGUAAAAUAAUAUGCAUUUGACAGUGAGUGCUGAGACAGUCGAUAGAAUUUUAAAGUUAUACUUUACAAUACCCACUGGAAAUGGUGUUUUUUGAAAUUCACCUUCAUCCAUUUCCAUUUUUUCCUGUAUAUUUAAGGGAAAAAAAAAUCCUUUCAUAUAAUCUUACUUUUGUCACCUCCUCUUUAUCCCUUAUCGUCAACAGAUAACUUUUGUAAGGCGACUUUGGGGAGCUGAUGGUGGGUGUGAUGGGAUAAACAGGAGUGAAUUAUAGAUUCUGGUCAGCAUUGGUUGAUAAAGAGUAGGUUGGCCAGCAUCUCCUCCACUGCCUUUUCCUGCUCUCUUUCUUGGGUUUGACUCAAAACGUUCAUGGACUCUUCACCAUAUUCAAAUUUCUGCCUCUUUAUUAGCUCCCCACCCCUUCUGGUCAUCUGUCAUCUGUCACCCUGAGCAUUCCGUCGGCCCUGGCAUCUGUGUCCUGUCACUGAUAGCACUGGCUCUUGUUUUCCUUAUUACCUGUGUCUUUUUUUUUUUUUUCAUUCAACCUACAAAAUUUCAUGAUUGUAAAUUUAUGAUCAUUUUAUAAUGUAAGGGGUAACAGGAGGCUGAAAGCACUUUCUGAAGUGUCUGCAGAAAACAGUGCUCUUACCAUUGAAAACACUUCUUAAGAAUGUCUCAAAACAACCUUUGGCAACAUCCCUAUUUAUUUUGUUUUUAAGACAUGAAGAAUAUGAAAACAGUCACUGAGGCAUUUCUGAUGAUAGGUUUAGAUUACAGAGAAGUGUGGUGAAACAGGCCGAGUCUAACUGGGCAAGUUCCUACUUCUUUUUAAAUCAGGGCUUCUGUUCUCUGAUUAGACUUGCAGUUGUCCAGUAGUCUCCUAGUUAUCCUUACGUUCUCAUCCUUUUGAAACUGCAGGAUAUAAAGGACAUUAUUCGAUUUUAAAAUAUAACGUAUUUAAAAUGUAUAAUACUGUUUGUGACAGACGGAAAUUCAAAGAGGAAGGCUUGUUAGGUUAAUGCACAAAACCAAAAGCAUAUAUUAUAAAGUCCCCUGCAUUAUGCGAGCACAGUUCCCCAUCCUCGUAAGACUCUGGACUACCAUCGAGAGACAAGUUUGCUAAUGCCUUGCUCCAGGGAGUGUGGGCUCUACCACACAUAUGCCCUUAAAGUCAUGGUGCAUUUUGGGUGGUAAAUUUGUCCUUCUCCCUCGACGUUUCCUGACCCCUGUAGGCGAUCCAGUGUGGUGUGCUUUUUUCUGAAUUUGCCUAUCUCAGAACACAGCUAGGAUCUGUUUGGGGAAAAUUACUGCUUAUCAUAUGAAAUGUUUUCAGUAAUCAAGGAGAAGCACUGGCCAACUCUGAGGUUGUGGCAGCAUUCACCUUUCUAGGCAAGCUGAGUUGUGAUCCAGAGUAUUUUCUUCAUUUAGGAUGCUGGCUUUCACAUUCUUUACCUGUAUGUGUGGCACGUGUGCUGAUCUUACAUAAUGGAUCUUUUGUUGUUGGUGGUGUUGUUUUUGGUUUUGCAAACUAAUUUAUUUAGCAGUCUCUCUGAUAAUCUGUCUCAUUUCCAAAGCAGAUGUCAUACGCCAUAAUUUAGAUGUAUACAGUUCAUCAAACUGAAGUGAUGGUCUGGAGAGAAUAUUCAGUGCCUGUGUUUAUGCUGCAGUUAUCUCAUCAAAAAAGGGAGCAGCUGAAGGCACAGGGGGCGAGGGGUGGACCGACAGUGUGACUCUCCAGGUGAUACCCACACCUAAUGUGUGGAGGCUCGGUGAUAUGACUCUUCCCUGUGGAGAGUGCCCGGGACUGUGGCAUCAAUGGAGGAACAGACUGACAUAAAUACCGAGAAAGAGGAACUCUGAUGUAUCAGCACCUGAAAGUACUCCAUAACCAAGUGCUUUCCCUCCUAGAUCUGUAUUGGUGAUUACUCCUUAAAAAUUAACUUUUUUAGAGCCUUGUCUAAAUGAACAGUAGCUUGGGAGUACUGCUGAUGGUUUGUUUUGUUUUGUUUUAAUUUUAGGUUAUCUUUUUGAGAUAGAAUCUCACUCUGUAGCCCAGACUAGCUUUGAACUUGUGACCCUCUGUCUCAGCCUCUCAGGUACCAGGAUUGCAGGUGUGUGCCACUGUUCUUGGCUCCUUUUUAAACCAAAAUGUCUGAGUGUGGUUGGCAUAGAAUAAUUUUAACGCUUUCUUCCUAGAAAGAAAAAUGAAGACUCGUUUGUAUAGUUUUUUUUUUCUUAGUGUUUAUGAUAGUGGAUACAUUUUCCAUGAAGAAAUGUAGAAACAUUCUCAUUCUUUCCCCAUACACACCUUUAGUCAUUAGCUCUCCCGGUGUGGAUGGACAGACAGGAAGUUCCCCAUAUAAUCUGGCAGAAUGUUCACCUGUGGUCCCAGCCUAACUAUCAGCCCUGCCUUAAGAUGUCCCAGGACCCAGGAGAAGGGAGAAGCUUCAAAGUUACAUGCUGAUGUGGCUUUGUUGAAGUAGUACAAGUAGAGCUGAGCCAGCAGAUACUAAGAAACUCACUUUAAAAUUGUGAUAACUCUCAACACACUGAUGAAUCACUUAGCUAAACCACAGUAUAAUUUUUUAAAAGCUAAAUGGUCUCAGUGCUUUGAAGGUUAAGCACCUUUUGCAAAGUGGACUUGGGGAAGCCUGGGGUUUGGCGCCAAUGAGCUGGCUUUGUGUGCACCACCUGCAGUGAGAUUCAGAGCACAGGGCAGGCCACUGAGGCAAGGCCAGCAACCAGCUUAGUUCUAUGUGACUAUGACAGUUGAUAACUACUUUUACUGUCCUUCACCACAUGGGGGCAUUUUCCUCUUCUUUCUCUCUUCUCUAUUCUUUUUUUUUCCAAGUGAGUAUGAAAUGGGAAAAAAAUGUAGUCAAGCAAAUUAAAUGUGGGAUUUUAAAGUUGAGUUUUAUGAUAAACUAGAGAUUUCUGUGUGAACAGUGUUAGUUUAAUAUCGUAGUGCAAAGGCAGACACUUUAUGUAACCUUUAGAAAUAUGUUUACCAUCAGGGAUUUAUUGUUACAGCAGAAAAACUAAAUGUACUGUGAAGUUAAAGACAGGAAGAAUAGCUCCCAGAGGGUGAUACUCAAACAAGAGCGAGUUUGAUGAAUACCUGCGUUAUGUGAACCCAUUUUUCCCUUCUGUUAAGAGUAUAAACUACACUGUAUGAAUAUGUGUACUGCAUGUUUACAUAAAGCAAUUUCAUUUUGAAGGAUUAUUUAAACUAUGUUUAUGUGUAAUACCUAACAGGCUGUAAAUAUUGUAUACUAUUGAUUUUUAAUUUUAUAUGAGCGAUUUUUUUAUUUCCCAAGUCAUGUACAAAUCUCAUUGUGUAUAUAGCAUAACUCUCUGGAGAACACAAAUUUUGCAGUGAAUUUUAAGUAUUUUAAUUGCAGUAAGCAUCAGGUUAGCCUCAGAGAUGCUGGUCCUUAUUUUAAAUUAUUUUUCACCACACAUUUUCUUCAAAGGGCAGCAAUAAACAUAUGCAAGUUAUCCUGAUUGUUGAGCGUUGGCCUGCGAAGAUAAGACCGCAGUUCGAUUCACUGCUGUAAAGGGCAGAUGCACAGCUCACACCAUCUUGCAUCUGGUCCCAGGACAACUUCUGAGAUCCGUGCAUGGCUCUCCUCUUUGUAACAUACAGGGUGAACUGCAGAUAACACACACAACAUUGGUCAAACUGAACCCAGCACUUCAGUGUCAUUACACAGAAUUUAUUGGAUUAAAGUUUGUAAUAUACAGUAUUUUAAUAAAGUUUCUGUAUUCAAUUUCAUGCACUUAUAUAUAAAUAAACCUGUCUUUAAAAACUUUA